AUGUUCAGACACAAUUUCUUUGACAACGAGUUUGACAACUUUUUCUCUUCGGAUUUCUUCAACAGACCUAGGAGAUAUGAAUCCAAAUUACUUCAUGGUUACUACAGCCCAAGUCGGUUGAUUGAGCUGAGGUACCCUCGCCAACUUGUGAGACGUGAUUUCGAAGAUGACUGGCUUGCUCAUUUCAAUGACGGCAAGAUAUUUACUGGUUUUGACGAAAACGUAACCACCAAAGAGGAGCCAGACAAGUACAUCGUGUCAUUCAAAGGAGAGGACUUGAAGAACAAGGGAUUGAAGGUUGACUUCCGUAGAAAGGAGAACGAAUUGACUAUUUCUGUUGAAGAGAAGAAGACAGAAGAAAAGGAGGGCGUGACUUCCUCCUACACUAACAGCUACCAGAGCAGCGUAAGGUUCGAUAAGAAAGUUAGACCAGAUGAUGUCCUGGCUGACUUCAAAGACAACACCGUCGUUAUCACCAUUCCAAAGCUUGAGUGUGAUGAAGAAAAUGUUGUUAACGUUCUGAUAGAAGGUCACAAUGUGGACCAUUUAAUCGACGAAGCACCAGCUAAAACGUUGGCUGAGCCUGUCGAAGAACCUUCUAAGACAACGAAAGAGAAUCUGAAGUAA